UCUUUUUCUCGCCCUGCGCAGCUGCUGCUUCUUCGUCGUACGCUCUCGAUCGGGUAAAUACUCGGAGGAGGAGAGAGGGGGGAGAGGGCGACGACGACGACGAAGAAGAGGAGGAGCGAUGAGUGGGCACGAUUCGAAGUACUUCUCCACCACCAAGAAGGGCGAGAUCCCCGAGCUCAAGGAGGAGCUCAAUUCCCAAUACAAGGAUAAAAAGAAAGAUGCUGUAAAGAAGGUGAUAGCUGCAAUGACUGUUGGAAAAGAUGUUUCUUCUUUGUUCACGGAUGUGGUGAACUGCAUGCAGACAGAAAAUUUGGAGUUGAAGAAACUUGUGUAUUUAUAUCUAAUAAACUAUGCUAAAAGUCAACCUGAUCUAGCAAUACUUGCUGUGAAUACAUUUGUCAAGGACUCACAAGAUCCCAAUCCAUUAAUUCGUGCCUUAGCUGUGAGGACAAUGGGGUGCAUCCGUGUGGACAAGAUUACAGAGUAUUUGUGUGAUCCCCUUCAGAGAUGUCUUAAGGAUGAUGAUCCCUAUGUUCGGAAGACGGCAGCUAUUUGUGUAGCUAAACUUUACGAUAUAAAUGCUGAGUUAGUGGAAGAUAGGGGAUUCCUUGAAACACUCAAAGACUUAAUAUCAGACAAUAAUCCAAUGGUGGUAGCAAAUGCAGUUGCAGCGCUUGCAGAAAUCCAAGAUAACAGUGCUAGGCCAAUCUUUGAGAUCACAAGUCAUACACUUUCAAAACUACUGACUGCUCUCAAUGAAUGUACUGAAUGGGGCCAGGUCUUUAUUUUGGAUGCCUUAUCGAGGUAUAAAGCGGCUGAUGCUCGUGAGGCUGAAAAUAUAGUGGAGCGAGUUACUCCUCGUCUCCAACAUGCAAAUUGUGCUGUGGUGCUUUCUGCUGUCAAAAUGAUUCUUCAGCAAAUGGAACUUAUUACUAGCACUGAUGUGGUCCGAAAUCUUUGUAAGAAGAUGGCACCUCCGCUUGUUACUCUUCUUUCGGCAGAACCCGAGAUUCAGUAUGUAGCGCUGCGGAACAUCAAUCUUAUUGUACAGAAAAGGCCUACUAUACUUGCACAUGAGAUUAAGGUUUUCUUCUGCAAGUACAAUGACCCAAUCUAUGUUAAGAUGGAGAAAUUGGAGAUAAUGAUUAUGCUUGCCUCUGAUCGGAAUAUAGAUCAGGUCUUGCUGGAGUUCAAAGAAUAUGCUACGGAAGUAGAUGUAGAUUUUGUUAGGAAGGCUGUUCGAGCAAUUGGACGGUGUGCAAUUAAGUUGGAGAGGGCUGCCGAACGGUGCAUUAGUGUUUUGCUAGAGCUGAUAAAGAUCAAAGUGAACUAUGUUGUGCAAGAGGCUAUUAUUGUUAUUAAGGAUAUCUUUAGACGCUAUCCUAACACCUAUGAGUCCAUUAUUGCAACCCUGUGUGAGAGUUUGGACACUUUAGAUGAGCCAGAGGCUAAAGCAUCAAUGAUCUGGAUUAUUGGGGAGUAUGCUGAAAGAAUUGAUAAUGCUGAUGAGCUUCUUGAGAGCUUCCUAGAAAGUUUUCCUGAAGAGCCUGCAUUGGUACAAUUGCAAUUGCUCACAGCAACUGUCAAAUUAUUUCUUAAGAAGCCAACGGAGGGCCCACAGCAGAUGAUUCAGGCGGUUCUAAACAAUGCCACCGUUGAGACAGACAAUCCUGAUCUCCGUGAUCGGGCAUACAUAUACUGGCGUCUUCUCUCUACUGAUCCUGAGGCCGCAAAAGAUGUAGUUCUGGCAGAAAAGCCAGUCAUCAGUGAUGAUUCAAACCUUCUUGACCCCUCUCUUCUUGAUGAGCUCCUCGCAAACAUUGCGACCCUUUCUUCAGUGUACCAUAAGCCUCCAGAAGCUUUUGUUAGCCGUGCAAGGACUGCCGCGCCUAGACCAGAUGAUGAGGAAUAUCCUGAUGGAGGUGAAACGGCUUAUUCUGAAUCACCCUCUCAUGCAGCUGAUGCCGCACCGGCACCUGUCACUGCUGCUGGCACAAGUGCUGUUACGCAUGCAGCUGCAAAGCAGCCAGCACCUCCGGCCACUGUGCCUGCUGCAGCUCCUGUGCCGGAUCUGCUUGGUGAUUUAAUGGGGCUGGAUAACUCCAUUGUACCUGUUGAUCAGCCGACUACACCUUCAGGGCCACCUUUACCAGUACUACUGCCUUCCUCAACUGGUCAAGGUCUACAGAUAACUGCGCAGCUUGUGCGACGCGAUGGCCAAAUAUUUUACAAUAUACAGUUUGAGAACAACUCACAGAUUGUGUUGGAUGGUUUCAUGAUACAAUUCAACAAGAAUACAUUUGGUCUUGCUGCUGCUGGUCCUCUUCAGGUCCCACCACUGCAACCUGGAGCAUCGGCCCGCACCCUUCUGCCUAUGAUAUUGUUCCAGAAUGUGUCAACUGGACCUCCAAGCUCACUUUUGCAGGUUGCUGUGAAAAAUAAUCAGCAACCAGUCUGGUACUUCAAUGAUAAAAUCUCAUUGCAUGCCUUCUUUGUGGAAGAUGGUCGGAUGGAGCGAGCAAAUUUCCUAGAGACAUGGAAAAACCUUCCGGAUGCGAAUGAAGUCACAAAGGAUUUGCCUAAUGCAGUCAUCAAUAGUGUUGAUGCAACAAUUGAACAUCUGACGGCAUCUAAUGUUUUUUUCGUAGCAAAGCGGAGGAAUGCGAGCAAAGACCUCCUGUAUCUAUCCACCAAGAUCCCUCGUGGUAUCCCGUUCCUUAUCGAGCUUACUGCUACAGUGGGUAUUCCCGGUGUUAAAUGUGCAGUAAAGACGCCAAGCCCCGAAUUGGCGCCGCUUUUCUUCGAAGCCAUGGAGACUCUUCUCAAGUGAUGACGAUUUUGAUGGUUGACCUUGUAAAAUGAUAAAAUUUUCCUCUCUACGUAGUGUUGUGAAACCAAUGCAUUCUGGUUAUAUGUUGUGAGUUUGUUUUUUAGCUAGGGUGAAUUUGAUACCCUUGUAUUUUAGAUCAUUGGUAGUCCCUGAGGAAUUCGCAUUCAAAAUUCAGUUUGUGAACAGUAUCAAUCUUUCGGUGGUCCUGUUUUCACUUCAGCUUUUUACAUUUAAGUUACGCAAUGUGCAUCAUCAUUGGAUGGUGAUUAUUGUUCCUAUUAUAAUUUCUGCAACAUUUUAUUUUCUCUAGUACU